UCGGGACACGGGCUGCGUGUGACAGGUGAAACUUCAGAGCCCCGUCCUCUGCCAAGCGGGAGCGCUGGAGGCGUGCAGCUGGGGGACAGCGAGAGCAGCGGCUGAGGAAGGACCUGAGACCGAAGCUACGCCGCUCUCGCAGCAGACUGCAGACCAAGGCAGCCCUAACAACGAGCAAUGCCUCCCUGCCUGCCUGUGGGUAAACCUCAAUACAGCGCAGAGCGGCGGGGAAAGCUCCGUGAGGAGUUCCCCUGAGCAAAGCGGAGGAGAGCCGACUCCUACCCAAGGAGAAGGGCCAGAAAAACCCAGGGAGAGCCCUGAACAAAGAGGUGCUCUCAGCCCGGACCGACAGCUGUCCCUCCACGGCAGGAGAGCUGGGGGCUUGUGUCGGGGAGGCUGCCCGUGAAAGUGCUGCUGGGGGGAGAUGGGGACCCUGGCUGGCAGGACUGCGUCUGUGUUCCGCCUCUUUAUUUUGAAAGCUGGCAUCUGAGAGAUGUCUCCCUCAGCCUUCUCCUGCAGCUUUCAAAUGAAACGUCUUAGAAGCUGGGAAUCAGCUGAAAAUCUAUGCUAAGUAUACUCUGGACAAGUGGGUAAGACAUUGCUUUGAUUUUGGGUCAGUGAUGGGGGCAUCGCUGCUUUAAGCAGGCAGGACUGAGACAGGCUAUUGUAGGUUUUGUUAACUCCUUGUAAAAGAGAAAAAGAAAGUACUGGUCUGUCAGGGGUUAAGCUCGCAGCCGUAACACAUGCUGAUGAAAAUGCUUUUUGUCCAGCACAACAAAUCCCUGUUUGUUUGGGUUCUCAAUGGUCUCUUUCUCCCGAGCGCUCUGGGGGCAGCACAGUGCAUUGUUACCUGUGCUCUAGUUCGAUGAGCUACCUGGACAGCCCUUGGGCAGUGCAGUGAGGAAGGUACCUGGCACCUGUUUGUGGUGUGGUGAGUGAACUGCUGGCACGCCGUGAUGGGAACAAUAGGCAGCAGUUUUAGACUGAAGUUCCAUUGGAAAGGAAUGUGAACUGGAAACGCUGAAAAGGAGGGAGUUGCUUUUCGUAAGCAGGAAUAGUUAAGAAAUAAUAAUAAUAAUAAAAAAGGUUAGUUUGACUGGGCAAAGAUAGGAAGGGGCUGUGUGUGGAUCAUGUUGUUAGUUUAUACUACAUGGCUAUAAGGGUCCGGUGUUACGACACCCACUAGAGCUGACACGAUUAUGUAGGUGGGUCUUCCUGGAUACCUUUUGCUACCUGACUACUUCAGCGUUGAUGUUCCCCUUGGAAAAGUUGCUACAAAGCUAAAUGGCUAAAACUUAGUAGAACUGGUACUCUCCAGUGCCUCAGAAAUGAUCAGCUGUGAAAGGGUUAAGCGAUGUUUGGGGCCAAAGAUGCAGAACUAGGGCUAGCUGCUGCUAACCGGGAUGCUUUGUGGCUCCAAGUUUUUCUGAGUAUCCAGCACUAGGUGUCGCAAAGAGAGGAGGCAUAAGAAGCAUUGCAUGGUUCGCACUCUGGGGCUUUCCUUUCUAAAUCAGAGCGUUUAGAAACUUUUCUUUCUACGCAAGGCUGCAGGCAGCUUUUGCUGGGAUGUUGAAACAGGGUUCGAGCUAGUUCGUCAUUACACUUAGAAAUGGUGGUGGGAGUUCUGCGAAAUGACUGAGAAACAGAUGAGCUCGUCGUAUUCGCUUCUUUCUUGGCGUGGGUGUGUUGUUCUUCCCACUGUGUCCCUGUUCGGUCUGUAGAGCUCCUUUCAUUAGCUGUGAUCCUUCUCACCCAUUUGGAGAGAUUAGUGUCAAAGCUCCAGCCCUGAGCAGGGGAGCUGUCAGAGGAGAUUUCUUUUAAGGGGCACUGUCUGGAGAAGACAGCCUCGACUUCUGGAGGAAAGGAUGCCGCAGACACCUCCCUUUGCAGCGAUGUUUGACAGCAGCGGCUACAACAGGAAUCUCUAUCAGUCCAAAGAGGACAGCUGUGGAGGCCUCUAUUACCAUGACAACAACCUCUUGUCAGGGUCUCUGGAAGCUCUGAUCCAGCACUUAGUACCCAACGUAGAUUACUAUCCUGAUAGGACGUACAUAUUCACCUUCCUUCUCAGUUCACGCCUCUUCAUGCAUCCCUACGAGCUCAUGGCCAAAGUUUGCCAUCUGUGCAUUGAGCAGCAGAGACUGAGUGAGCCUGGCCUGGACAAGAACCGGAUACGAAAAAUUGCACCCAAAAUCUUGCAGCUGUUGACUGAAUGGACAGAGACGUUUCCUUACGAUUUCCGAGAUGAAAGAAUGAUGAGAAAUUUAAAGGAGCUGGCGCAGAGAAUAGCCAGCGGUGAUGAGAUGUAUCGGAAGAACGUACAGCAGCUCCUCCAGAACCUCCUUCGAAAGCUCGCAACUGUUAGCCAGUAUGAGGAAGUACUUGCAAAAAUUAAUGCAACGUCCACAGAUCGCCUCACGGUCUUAAAGACCAAGCCCCAGUCCAUCCAGAGGGACAUAAUCACAGUCUGCAAUGAUCCCUACACGUUAGCUCAGCAGCUUACACACAUAGAACUUGAGAGACUUAAUUAUAUUGGACCAGAAGAAUUUGUCCAGGCAUUUGUGCAAAAGGACCCUUUGGAUAAUGACAAGAGCUGCUACGGAGAUCGAAAGAAGACCCGUAAUCUGGAAGCCUAUGUAGAAUGGUUCAACAGGCUCAGUUACUUGGUUGCAACAGAAAUCUGUAUGCCUGUGAAGAAGAAGCACAGAGCAAGAGUGAUAGAAUAUUUUAUCGACGUGGCACGGGAAUGUUUUAACAUUGGCAACUUUAACUCCUUAAUGGCUAUUAUUUCUGGCAUGAACAUGAGUCCUGUCUCUCGAUUAAAGAAAACAUGGGCAAAAGUGAAGACAGCCAAGUUUGAUAUUCUUGAGCAUCAGAUGGACCCUUCCAGCAAUUUUUAUAAUUACCGGACUGCUCUGCGUGGAGCCGCUCAGAGGUCCCUGACAGCUCAUAGCAACAGAGAGAAGAUCGUGAUACCUUUCUUCAGCCUCUUGAUCAAAGAUAUUUACUUCCUCAAUGAGGGCUGUGCCAAUCGUCUUCCAAAUGGUCACGUCAAUUUUGAAAAAUUUUGGGAAUUAGCAAAACAAGUCAGUGAAUUCAUGACAUGGAAACAAGUGGAGUGUCCAUUUGAAAGGGAUCGGAAGAUUCUGCAGUAUUUGCUCACCAUCCCAGUCUUCAGUGAUGAUGCACUUUACUUGGCUUCUUAUGAGAGCGAAAGUCCUGAGAAUCACAUUGAAAAGGACAGAUGGAAGACUCUGAGGUCAACGCUUCUGGGCAGAGUCUAAUGCAGGAGAUGGCUGCUGUUUCUGCUGUUGCUACGUUUUGUGGCUCAUCAAGGGGCACGGCGUGGUUUAUUUCUUUGUGUACUGAGCAGCGUUCAAGGUGAUGAAAACUGCAGUCAGUUGAAAUACCUUGUCAACAAAGAUGAGACAAGUUAACUCAAGAACAAACAGGCAGCUUCUCACAUCAGACAGAUGAAAUUAAAUCACAGCCCACUCUUGGCUUAACUAUUGAUUGAAGACAGCACUGGCAGAACCCUUUGAAGAGCUCAGAUGCCACCUAUGAAUCAUUUCACACCUGGAUGAAGUAUUUUUCCCCCUCCUUAUGCUGGAGCUAGCUGCUACAAGGACUCUGGAGCGUUAAUGCUGGAUUAUGGAGGGGAAAAAAUUACCAUUCCUUUCAGUGAAAUCCAGGUUUGCAUCGAAGAACUUCAUUCCUAAUAAGCUGAAUAUAGCAGGAACUUGGCCUGACUGGGACUGCUAAUAAGGGAAAGGACUGGACACAACAUAUUGGCUGCUGGGGAGGGAGAGUUUCUCCCCGCCACUGUAAUGGUGGCUAUUUUUUUUUCUUUUUCCAUUAUGUUUCUGAGUUGGCUGCUGGCAGACAAACUCAUUAUUAAGUUAUUUAAAAAAUGUAAAGUAAUAAAAAAUAAGGCUGUGGUAGAAAACACACCUGGUAGAAAAAUAUAGUAGCUCUGUAGCUUGGACUAUUUUACAACUUCUAGAAAGCUUUUUUUUUUCUUUCUUUCAGUUGUUUACAACUAACCACUACAUGCUACAGACAUUCUUAUUUUUACUAUGCUGUUUUGUUACUCUUAUUUUCCAUACUUGACCUUCUUAUAUUAGGUUGAACAAGCUGACUUUUCUAGAAUGGUCUUUGAGAAACUGAUGUACAAGCUAUGUUAAAAUAUGAAAGUAUGUUUUUAAAUCAUUUUUAUAAUAGCUUUUUUGAGAGGGUAACAAUGGAGAACACAAUCCAGUAUGACAGAAAUAGCAAGAUGCCAAAAAGGAAAAGAAAAAAAAAAAAAAAAAAAAAGAGGCUUCUUCUCAACUACAUCUGUGAACAAAACAGUCUCCCUUUGUUUGCUUUAUGGAUUAUAGUUAUGACUGUGAAGUAGUUCACUGUGUUAUACACCUGAUAAGUUUGUAGUAGCUCUGAAUACUUAGCCACUCUAUUUAUCCUAGGAAGAACCUAAUGAGGAAAAAAAAGAAACUGUAGCUGUAGAUCACCCUGGAUGUGAAAUCACUAAGCAAAGGCACAUACUUGGAAAAACAGGUAUUUGCAAUUAUCCUGCCACUGUUACUUAAAAAAAAAAAAAAAAAAAAAAAAAAGGCAAAGAAAUAAGAAUAAAGAUAUCUAUUUGUUGCACUGUA